AUGGGCCUUCUUACCUCGAAGAGAGCCUAUAACUGGUACAUAUCUCUGGUUGCGGCGGCAUGCAUGGUGCUGUAUGGGUACGAUGCAUCCGUAUAUAACUCGGUGCAAGGGUCGGAUAACUGGGUGGCCUACUUCAAUAACCCCGGGCCGAACAUGAUCGGUGGUGUCAACACGGCUUAUACCGUGGGUGCCAUUUUCGGUGGUUUCUUCUUGGGAGGACCCGUCGCCGAUUUCCUUGGUCGCAAAUUCGGAAUGGGAACAGGCUGUGUCCUGGUGAUCGCCUCCACUUUCAUGCAGACUUGGUCCCCUCGUGGAAACAUCGCAUGCUUCCUUGCCGGGCGAUGCAUCAUUGGUGUUGGUCAGGGAAUUGCCCUAACUGCGGGUCCAAUUUACAUCGGUGAACUGGCACCAGCCGAGAUUCGUGGAAAGAUCAUGACCUUCUGGCAGAUGUUCUACUCCGUCGGAUCUUUCAUCUGCUUCUGGGUGAACUAUGGGUGUACUGAGCAUAAAGAGAACCUGGGAGAAUGGGACUGGAAAAUGGUCGUUAUUUUCCAGCUCCUCGUCCCGGUUCUGAUUCUUGCUCUCCUACCCACCAUCCCUGGCUCUCCUCGAUGGUUUAUCCAACGUGGUAAUAAUAUUGAGAAGGCGCGUGCCGCUCUGAUGAGAGUCCGAGACACGGAGGAGGAGGUUGAGGAAGAGCUGCUCAAAAUCCGAGAGGCCAUCGAAUACGAGAAAGAAGCCAUCUCCAGCAGCUACUCCGCUCUCUGGAAAGACAAGUCCCUGCGCAAGCGCAUGGCUCUGGCUCUGGUGGUCAACGCCGGUCAACAGAUCACCGGACAAGGCACCUUGAACACUUACUCGACCAAAAUUUACCAAAAGGUGUUUACCAGCGCCGGUCAGAUCGCUCUGAUCAACGCUCUCAAUGCAACCUUUGGUAUUAUUUUCACGCUGAACGCUGUAUGGAUCAUCGACCGAUUUGGACGCAAGUUCCUUCUCAUUGUCGGUGGUAUCGGCAUGGGUAUCUGCAUGAUUAUCGUUGCCGCUGUCGAGACAGAAACACCUUCACCUGAUGGAGCUAAAACACAGUCCGUCGGUAUAUCGAUUGUGUUCUUACUCUUCCUAUUUAUAUUUUUCUACAAGCCUUCUUGGGGCGCGACAGUGUGGAUCUGGACGUCGGAGAUCUUCUCCAUGAACGUGCGAGCCCAAGCGGUGGGCAUGGCCUCGCAGACCCAGAACGUCGCCAACGCCAUCUUCCAGCAGUUCUUCCCCAUCUUCCUCGACAACGAGGGAUUCUAUGCCUUCUACAUGUUCGCGGGCAUCAACUUCCUCCUCGCCGUGUUCGUGUUCUUCAUGAUCCCGGAAACCAAGCAAGUGCCUCUUGAGGAGAUUGAUGCCCUGUUCGGCGGCGCCAACCACGCCACGCAAGGCCAGGACCUGAUCCUGACUGAGAAGCAGAUGGCUGUCAGUCAGCAAGAGGCGGGUGAGAAAGCGGGUGCAGUUAACGUUGAGGAUGCGUCUCAGCGGUACAAGUAG